UGCUGCUGACAGCUGUCAACUGGACUCACUUUCACUUCUGAGACUGCCAGCCAGACAUCGCUCUCAGAGCCUGUCACAUGUUGACAUACUGGUUAAUGUCUAACUUCUGGAAAGUUGCAUGAAGCAAAAAAAGCGCUGCAAAUGUCGAAAUCGCUUCUUCCAAAGUAACAACCGAAGCUAAAGCGUUAUACAGGACAAACUUCCCAGAGCUGCUGGCUGAACCACCACUUUCGUUUUCUUGGAUUGAAGUUAAAGGCAGAAUGGCCGCCGUGCAUACAGCAAAGCAGGCUCUGAGGAAAGAAAUAAGGCGACGCAUCGCAGCGUUGAGUGACGAGGAGAAACGACGACAGUCUGCGGCGCUUUCUCAGAAGCUGUUCAGACAUCCCAAGUAUGUUUCCUGUCAGCGGAUUGCCGUGUUUGUCAGCAUGGAUGAUGAAGUGUGCACUGAGGAAAUCAUCAAAGACGUGUUUAAACAGGGUAAAAGGUGCUUCAUUCCCAGAUAUGAGAGCAACGGCAACCAUAUGGACAUGUUGAAGCUCAACAGUCUGCAGGAAGUCGAGACAAUGCCUCUGACAUCCUGGAACAUCCGACAGCCCGCUGACGAUGACAACAGCAGAGAGGAAGCACUGGCUUCUGGAGGUCUAGACCUGAUCCUGAUGCCAGGCCUGGGUUUUGACCGGGCCGGGAAUCGUCUGGGACGAGGGAAGGGCUUCUACGACACCUAUUUGAAACGUUGCAUGAGACACCCCAAGGGAAAGCCCCACACCAUCGCCUUGGCCUUCAAAGAGCAGCUGUGUCAGGAAAUUCCCGUGGACGCGAAUGAUGUGCCCCUUGAUGAAGUCCUGUAUGAGGAUGAUGAGUAGCUAUUCAGUUACGAGUGGUGGUCCAUGAGCACAAAAGGGGCUGUGUUUGGGCUCACUGGACUGGCUGUUAGAAUACAGCCAUCCUUCUAAGCAACCAUCUGUCACGGCAUUAUACGGGUUAACAUACUAAUUCACUGGAUCUAUUGAUAUUUACGUUGAAGAUGCUGUUUUGUGUCAGUACUCUGCUCUUUAUGUCUUGCUGCAGUUGCCAUAACAAGCUUUUAAAAGCAGGUUUUGCUAACAACUAAAUACUUCAAAUGAACAAUUGAAUUCCACCAAACUUUAAUGAAGAAUUCAAUGAAAAGAAGCACAAAUAAAGCUGUUUUUGGAAAAGUCCUAUAUUUUAAUGUACCACCUGUGAUCACAUGACUGACAUCUCAUAGUGAGGUGAUUUGAUGACAGUUGAGCUAAGACAUGCAGCUGGGGAAAAGCCAGGGAGUGGACCUUAUGGACUUGUCAAACUUAACGAUAUCUUGUUCCCUCAGCUGAAAUACUGGAACUCCCCGUUCACUCAAAAAUGCUUUUGCUGACAGUUGCUACGCUUGGAGUCUGACACCAGAAGGUUGAUUUCUACGAUGGCCCUGAGCUCGACACACCGCAACUUCAGAAUACACACACAAAAAGACAAAACGCAAGCAAAUUGCAUGCGUGUGUUGAGCUCUCAGGGCCACCGUAGUUCUCCCAUUCGUCACAUGUAUUUGAGUUUAACACGUGUAUGUACAAGAGGAUUUUCUGACAUCACAACUAGUUUGGAAGCCAGUCAUGAACCCAUAUGCAGCCUAAACACAUGUGAUGUGAAAACCUGAAUCUUCCAGUGCACAUACACUGAGGAUCAGCGUUUCGGUCCAGUAAGAGACUUUAUGGUCCAGCAGCUUUUAAAAUGGUAAAAUAUUUGCUUAUUUGUUCUGGAUUUUUCAAAGUGGGAGAAGCAGGAGGUACAAUCUGAAGUGUUUUUAACAAGAUCGUUAAAUGUUUGUGUGGAAAACAAAUUUAUUGCUUCAAGCAGAGCGUUUUCAUCUGUGUUAAAACACACACUGGGCCCACGUUGUAAAGUAUUCAAACACAUACAAAAGUAAAACAUAUUGUUUCUUGAUAAAAUAUAGUAAAAGUCAUUCACUGUUUUGUUUUUUUUUCUUUAUUUUUUUCUUGUCAGCUUAAUCAAACAGGCUAAGAUACCUUAAAGGUCCAGUCUGUAAGAUUUGGGGGAUAUAUUGGUAGAAAUGGAAUAUAAGUAUGUUUUAAUAAGUGUAUAAUCACCUGAAAAUAAGAAUAAUUGGUUUUUGUUACGUUAGAAUGAGCUCUUCAUAUCUGUAGACGGAGCUUUCCGCCAUGCUGUCCUGCCAUGUUCUACAGUAGCCCAGAACAGACAAACCAAACACUGGAGUAUUCAGUGUCCAUUCUAGCUCGUUAAGCGGAACUUAACUGAGCUCACUGCCUCGGCUCACCACAUGAACUAACAGUUUGAUUUUUGGCUUUGCAUUAUGUGAUUCAUUAAAACCAAAUUGUGAA